AAAUGAUGUUAAGACUAUUUAGAAGACCUCUAGCAUAGAUCUUAGAAUGAACUUAUGAAAACAUGAAUAGUUGAUGGAUUAGAUAAAAAUGCAUAAACAGGAUUCGUAGUCCAAACUAGAGGAUCACUUGUUUGGGAAUGCCCGAUCCAAUGUUGAUCAUUCGCUAUAUUGUUGUUGCCUUAACUGAAUACAGUAAACAGAAAGCACAAUAUGAUACUGGUGGCAGAUGGGGCGAGAUUGUCGGGAUGGAUGUGACAAGUUUUGAAACAAUUUAUGGAGACAAAGAAGUAAAGAUUUCACAGAAGAAGUUGAGAACGAAGCUUCAUCUGCCCAAAUCUGGGAUUGGCAUUGGGAAGCUUUCUCCCAAGGCUCUCAAUUGGAGCAAAAUUGGAAUUUCUGGAAAAGCUUCCACUGGUCCAGCAAAGAAAGGAGAUCUGAAGAGUGACUACAAACUCUUACUGGAACUGAAAUUCCUCUGCCAAGGACUCUAUAUUGGGUAUGUAUUAGAGUGCCUGAAGGUUGCCACAGAUGGAAAGAAAUAUGAAGAGAGGUACUGGCUGUACUUCUUGGGAAACAAGGAUGAAAGCAAAGCCAGUUCUGCGGCUGAGGAAGAAGGCUCUUCUAAUGAAGUCCUUGCCACCACUUUGAAGAAGGCUUCAAAGAGGAAACAAGUGGCAUCCUCCUCUCAAAAUGCUGAUGAACCUCAGAGCCUUGAGCUGGUGGUUCUAGAUCAGGAGGAAGCCUCUGAUCAAAGAGAACUCCAAAAGAAGAAGAAGAAGAAGAAAAUCACCACUUCCUCUGAAUCCGGAAAUGCCAAUCUAGAGAACUCACAACAGAACCAACUCCAUGACACUUUCCAAGUCCACGAAGAGACUCAUGAGAAAAUUCAAAGCCAUGGCUCUCCAUCUCCUUGUUGGAGUUGUGCCCUGAUGGCCAAGUGUUCAUCGUUAUCCUAUCAUGAAGCUGAACUUGAAACUCAAGGAAAUGCUGAUGAACAUCAGGAGCAUGAAGUUCAAAAAUAUGUGGAAGAGACUUUAAUGUCCACUCUUUCAGAAACUGAAGUAGAAACUGAAGUAGAAACUGAGCAAAUUCCUGAAAUGGAAGCUCAGAGGAGCCCAACAGAAAAAGGAGAAGAUGUUGAGGUAGCUAACUUGGAGGUUUCUAUUGAAACUCUAGUUACUAUCAAUGAGAAACACAUUGAAGAAGUUGUGAGAGAUCCACUUUCCCAGGAUAUCUCAAACUACAGAGAUGAAGAAGUUGAGGAAGAAUCUGUCAAAACCCUAAAGAUUGGUGAAGAGGAUGCUGAAAAUGAAGAAGAAGCUAAAUCUCUCCCCUUGCAAUGCUUCCACAACCUACCUCCAACCAACCAGGUAACUCAUUUUAACUUGCAUAACUCAACCUUUAGACCCAUUCUUCCGGAUGAGAUGCCUGAGCUCUGGGCCAAAAAGGUCGAAGGACUGAUUGAUUCUGCCCUAGAGUCUCAAAGAGCCUCAUUCCAGGAAGUGUUGGAGAAAACUGAAGAAAGGCACAACCUGAUGAUGGAAAGUACUGAAGAAAGGCACAACUCAGGCCUUCAAGAGAUAAGUAAUUCUCUUAACAAAACUCUUGAGAUCAUAUCUCAAAUGAGUUCCUCAAUGAGCACGAUUAUGAUGACCUAUGCUUCUGACUCCCACCUCCAACUCAAAGAGGUGGUGGAGAUCAAACAUCACCUGGCUGCCAUUACAAGGAGCCUUCGGAAGCAAACGUGACUUCUCCAGAUGGACAUCAGACCUGCCCUGGCAGUCUCCUCAGCAAACCAGGUUGUUACUCAAGAUUAUCUGAAAGUCCUCAUAGAAAAUCAAAGGGAAGUUUUCCG